CAUAUAUGUCCAAAAAAAGGUAAGAAAAUGGUAUGGUGCAAAGUAGAAAUAGUACGUGUCUAGAUAUACAUGAAGUACAAAGUAGAUGAAGGAAAAAAGAUGGAUAAACAUAUUAUCCAUUCCAUUGUGGUGGCUGACUGGUGAUGUCAUCAAAUCCACCACGCCGGAAAAGUAGAAGUCAUCACCAUCAAAAUCAAAAUCAAAAUCAAAAUCAAAACCAUGUUCUUCCCAAUACUUUAUGCUUCUCAAAUCAAUUAGCGCCUAAUUUAAUUACUUUAACAACAAAAAAAGGUUUAUAUUAUUAUUCCAAUAAUAACCUAUUCUUCUUAAUAUAUUCAAAAUCAUGUCAACUAUUCCAAUUCAAAAACCUGGAUUUCAUAUCUUACUUUUCAAUUCCCCUAAUUACAAAUGCACUAAAAUUACAUCCUCAUGGACCAUGUCUAUGGAUUCUAAAUUUUCUUCAACGGUGAAUAGUAACAGUGAUAUUAAGAAUAAGAAGAUGAAGGAGGAACUAUCUGUGAAGCUUUCAAGUCCAAUUGUUCCUAAAGUGGUGGAAGAAGGUUUGAGCUCGAACGGUCUUCGAUUUGAUCGGUUGCAGCCGUCGGAACAAGAGUUGAUUAGAGAAAAUAUAUUUGAGUUUGGACAAUUUGUUGCUAGGGAAGCUGUGCUUGAUGAAGAGUUUUGGACAGCAGCCUGGCUACGAGCAGAAAGUCAUUGGGAGAAUCGAACAUAUGAAAGAUAUAUUGAUAUCUACAAAAGGAAAUUUGCUGACCAGGAAUUUAAUGCGGUAAAAAAGCGGUGCAAGGUGCAAAAUGGGGACAGCUGCGCAUGCAUUAUCGCGGUGAGAAAGGAGCAGAAGAAUGUAAAGCGCUCGAUAAUAAAAAGUGUUGUAGGAACACUUGAUUUGAAUAUCCGAUACUUGCUGCAAGGAGAGACUUUUCCUGGGGAACGAGUCAAAACUCCUUUUUGUUGCAGCGUAAACAGGACACCACCAAGUAGAUAUGGUUACAUUGCAAAUUUAUGUGUUGCCAAAUUGGCUCGUCGACAAGGGAUUGCAAGCAACAUGAUGUCUUUUGCUGUUGAAAAUGCAAAAUCUAAUGCAGGUGUGAGUCAGGUAUAUGUGCAUGUUGACAGAAAUAAUAGGCCUGGACAGUUGUUGUACCAGAAGAUGGGCUUUGAGAUGGUUGAAACUGCAAACUCUCGGUUGUUACCAGAGGAAACAUACUUGCUACGUUUACGGAUGUAAAAUACAAAACAUAGUUAAUUAUGAUCCAAUCUGGAACAGUUGCAAAUUUCAAAGCCAACUGUUUCAGUUUCUGUAAAUCAUUUGAAUCAAUGUAUAGGCGUGUAGGUGUCCAUCUUUUUAUGUAUGGAUGUCUUCCAUUUUGUAAUUUUUGUGGUGUCUUGUAUUCCUCCUUUUAUUGAAUUUGACUAUGCAUACUCAAAUACAUUUGGAUUGUAAAAAGUAUUAAUGAAACAGAACAAGAACAAGGACUGGAAUGCACUGUGUUCUAUUGCAGUGUUUGUGCAGUUAAA